AUGCCGAACGACACAGAUGUGCCGCUGUCUGCGUGCGCUCUGGGACGCGGCUCGCGCAUCUCCCUCGCCACCGUCUACUCCUUCAUGUGCGUUGUGGGAAGCGUCCUCAACCUCCUGGUUAUCUAUUUGGUGGUGACGUUCAAGAAGCUCCGCACAGCCAGUAAUGCGUUUAUCGUGAGCGGCUGCGUGGCGGAUCUGCUGGUCUGUGCUUUCUGGAUGCCCCACGAAGCAGUGGCUACCUCCACUGGGACAUUUUUGGUGAUUGGCUACCAGGCGUUCAAAGAAGCGCUGCUGUUUUUGGGAAUCACCGUGUCGCUGCUGUCCCACUCGCUUAUUGCAGUCAACAGGUAUGUGUUGAUCACCAAAACCCCUGCUGUGUAUCAAAGCCUUUAUCAGAAGAGAAACACCGAAUGGAUGAUUGCAGGAUCGUGGCUCAUCUCCUUGGGCUCCUUGUUCCCGUGGAUCACGUCCUUUCGGUACCCCCCCGAGAGGUGCCGGGACGCCGCCGACGCGUCGUUCGUCAAGGGAACAUCGGUGUCUGUUUUGUCCAGUCGGUUCGCUGCUGGUACACUUGCGUUUACUAUCAUCGGACAGACUUUGGUGGUGGUGUACUGCUACUUUAAAAUCUUCCGCCGAGUGCAAACGAGUGUGAAAAGAGUCAGUAUUUUGAAUUUCCAAAUCGUGAACAACCUUCCUUAUUCGUUCCCCAGAAAGGACAAGCGACUCGGUUUUUACGUUCUCGCAGUCUGCUUUAUUUUUAUUCUUACGACCGAGCCGAUUUUUUGGGUUCUCGUGGCAGGACUCUUUGCCCCGGUGUCCGUGGUGCUUUGGACGUCAGCGUGGAUUGUGUUCUGCACUAUUUUCGUGUCCAAUCCUUUUCUGUACACCUGGAAGAACGAGGAGUUUCGGAAGUCCUUCAGGUCUGUGAUGAGAGGGGACUUCUUGCGGGGAUCCACGGUUGGAGUCGAGCCCAUCACCAUCAAUACUAUUUCUCACAUCUUCCCGAGACAAAACAGCCGCAGGGCAUUUCUGGGUGAGAUGAACUGA